AUGAUUCACGAUGCCGGUCUGGAUUACUACGGCCGGAGACUUGCAACAUGUUCAUCCGAUAAGACGAUUAAGAUAUUCGAAAUUGAGGGGGAAUCACAUCGAUUGGUCGAGACCCUGAAGGGACAUGAAGGCGCAGUAUGGUGUGUCGCAUGGGCGCAUCCCAAGUUCGGUACCAUCCUGGCUUCUUCCUCCUACGAUGGCAAGGUGCUGGUCUGGCGCGAACAGCCUCUGAGCACAACUUCCCCCGCAAGCAGCUCCUCAUGGAGCAAGGUCUUCGACUUCUCCCUACACACAGCCUCCGUCAACAUGGUCUCGUGGGCACCACAUGAAAGCGGAUGUCUUCUCGCCUGUGCUUCCUCCGACGGCCAUGUCAGCGUGCUCGAGUUCCGUGACAACAGCUGGACCCAUCAGAUCUUCCACGCUCACGGGAUGGGCGUGAACGCAGUUAGCUGGGCUCCUGCGGCUUCCCCCGGCAGUCUGAUCAGUGCCAACCCUGGUCCUGGCCAGCAGAGGAGGUUCGUCACUGGUGGCAGUGACAACCUGGUCAAGAUCUGGGAUUUCAACGCCGAAUCGAAGUCAUACACUUUGACGCAGACCCUGGAAGGUCACACUGAUUGGGUCCGUGACGUCGCCUGGUCCCCAAGUAUUCUCUCCAAGUCAUACAUCGCCUCCGCCUCACAAGACAAGACCGUCCGGAUAUGGACGGCUGACGCCUCUAACCCCACUCAGUGGACCAGCACCGUGCUCGAGUUCGACACCGUUUUAUGGAGAGUCAGCUGGAGCUUGAGCGGUAACAUCCUGGCCGUCAGCGGCGGCGACAACAAGGUCAGCUUGUGGAAGGAGAACCUGAAGGGCCAGUGGGAAAAGGUCAAGGAUAUCGAGGAGUAA